AUGAAAGUAAAAACACUUUCGCUAGAGUGGCAACUCUUUGGACACCACGCCGCCAAAGUGAUGCGCGGGGACUUGGGUGAUCAUCUGAAGAAGCUGGCUGAUUUGGAACGAGUGCAAGACGGAUUGGUAAAGGAGAAUUUCGAUCUCAAGGAACUGUGUGUUGUUCUGGGGGGUUGUGUCAGCAGAGGUGAUUCCAGUCCUGGUGGGUCGUCCGAGUUGAGUUUACAGUAUUUGGUGGCCCGGGACCUUGGAGACGGAAGUUCCAGCACUGGGAGCAUCGGUAGUCCAGAUCCUCCUCUUCUAGUGUGUUCCCCCGAUGUGAGGGUGUCAACAAACUCCUUCAGGCAAAUAUAA